AUGGGGCGUAAGAUAGACCUGUCUGGUCUGACCAAUGGUGAAGCGGAACACGUACUCCGAGUUGUACAGAGAGACAUGAAACUGCGGAAGAAGGAAGAAGAGAGACUCAGUGAAAUGAAGCAGGAAUUGGAAGAGGAGGGCAGUCGCUGUUUGCUUCUGUCUAAGCAGCACAAGUUCAACGAGCACUGCUGCAUCCGCUGCUGUUCUCCGUUCACCUUCCUCCUGAACCCCAGACGCCCAUGUCUGGACUGCCACUACAACGUCUGCAAAUCCUGCCGGACAUACAGCCAGAGCGAGAGAGGCUACAUCUGCGCCGCCUGCCAAAAGAGCAGGCUCUUGAGAACCCAGUCUGUGGAAUGGUACUACAAUAAUGUAAAGAGUCGCUUUAAGAGAUUCGGCAGUGCCAAAGUGCUGAAGACACUCUACAGGAAACACAUCAUAGAAAGAGGUGCAUUAUCAGAGUUACCAGAGGUCAGUGCUCAUGAAGGCAGUGUUGAUAAUGGCAGUGUUUGUGACUGCAGUGACUCCACGCUCUACAGGCAGAGUGAAGGUCACAGCAUGGCAGAGACGCUCACCGUCGCUCUACGUGUUGCAGAGGAGGCGAUAGAGGAAGCCAUCACUAAAGCAGAGAGCUACAGAGACAGCCUGGAGAAACAGAAUGAGGCUCGUUAUUUGCGGGACCAUAAAGAAGAGCUCAUAGACGAACUCGCCACUACCAUUGUUCAAAAAAUCAUUAAACGGGGGAAGCGGUCUGAGAUUCAGGCUGAGUAUGAGUUUGUAUGGCCUCAGAUUCAGAGUAGUGAUCUUCCGUCCCCUACCUCAACGCAAAACUCACAAGCAACACAACAUUCACACACCUCUCAGCACGGAGCAGUAGCCCAGCCCAACAUCACCAGCUCUUAUUCGCUGUGGAGGUCAAGAUCAGCACUCUCUUUGACGAGUGACGAUUCUCCAGAGAAGGGCCCUGAGAUAGAAACAGACAUCCAAAACAACUCUUCACUUAGGAGAGAGUCCAGAGCGUCAUCACUUCCGGGCUGGAAGAGUGUUGACCGCCUGGAAAACUCUAGUGCGUCCUCAGUGCUGCAGUCCCCGGAUGGUAACUGGAUCGCCCUGCAGAGCUCCCAGCAUUCCCGGCCCAGUCUACUAACCAAGCGCAAGAGCCUCGUCUUCAGUGUGCUUGAGAAGGAAUCAGGCGUUGUUUCUGCAUAUAAUGAGAUGGGCUCCAACUCAGACCCCGAAGACCAGGGAGGUUGGGGAGCUGCCCUGUUACAAUUUCGCAGGCGUCUUUCUGAUGAAACAUACUAUACUGACUCUCAACACGACCCUGAAUGGACUUACACCCAACACCCGCCUUUGACCCUGUCACCCUCCUCGGGUCAGUACACCAACACUGAGACCCUCAACUCAGAUUCGGAGAUGUCUACUGCUCUGUCAACCCGAGCACGCAGGCCUGCCCAUGUUACGCCCCUGAGGAAAAAAGGGCCACCAGGACCACACCUGUAUCCACCCUACAGAAACCCACCAAGCAGUGCUGCUUCACCUCUGCUGAGACAAGAGGUGCUGGAUGUGAACUUUAACCCCCGUUUGGCAGGGGACAGUAGUGAUGGGGAGGAGCGGAGCAAGCAGGUGAAAAGGUCAAGGAGGCGCCGAAAGAGCAAGCGCGAGACAACGGAGCAUAGCCGAUCACAGAAUGCACUGUACAGCGCUGCAACAGCAGAGAACAGUGCUCUCCUCCUCAACGCCAUGAUGGUGCGCCGACAGCAGAGCCAGGAGACUCCAGUCCCCCUCAGUUACCAGACUCCAGAGUCUGUGACCCCUCCUGAGCUUCUGACCUCUGAAGCCAUGACCCCUGAACCUGACUAUCAAAACACAGUGGCUCACAACUCUAGUGCCAUUCCCCUAAUACUGAGCCAACCAGGGGCCAGUAAACAAGGGUUCAACAUCCAGGGCCCAUUGCUGAGAAGCCCUUCUGUAAAUGAAACCCUGGAACAGGAACUGAGAUACAAACUCUGUGAGCUGGUUGGCCAAGUCAACGAGAGGGAUGUGACGACAUCAGAUUUUGAGGCAAUCAGUGAAGCUGGCGACGAAAGUGAGAAAUUGAGACCAAAGGAGAGGCUCGAACGUAAACGAGACAAGCAGACCGAUAGAGAGAUCGAGAAGCAGAGUGAACAGUGGCUGGAAAGACAAGCAGUUGAAGAGAUGGAUACAAGUGAUGCUAUAAGACAGAUAAAUAUCGACAGAGAGAUGAAGAGGGAAAGGGAACGAAAGAAAGAAAUAGAGAGGCAAGUUGAGAGAGAGCGAGAGAGGCAAAGAGAACUGGAGAAGCAAAUCAAGAGAGACCGAGAAAGGCUACGAGAAAUCGAGACACAAGUUGAGAGGAAACAGGAAAGACAUAGAGAAAUGGAGAAACAACUGGAAAAAGAGCAAGAGAGACAAUCAGGGAUCGAGAGAGAAAUUGAGAAGCAAAGGAAAAGCAUACGCAUGGGAAGACAGGUGCAAAAAGAACCUGAAGUGAGAGCAAAAUCCAAAGAAGGAGAGAAACAGGAAGUUGUCAGUGGAACAGAGGAAAUAUCAGGUGAAAUAAUAGAGCGAAACAAGAAUUUACAGGAGGACAACCAUGAAACAGACAAGUCCAUUGAUGAAAAAGUGAGGAGGAUAUCACCACUGAGAAGCAAAUCAGAAACAGUAUUCGAAGAAAACAGAAAACUUGAGGUGAAGAGAAUGGGAUCUAUGAGCACAUGUUCAGACAGCACCCCCUGUAGUCUGGAGGAGCCAGCAUCUCCAUCUGAGAAAUACUCCGCUGCAUCUUUAUGCUGCAUUACCACAGAGGUUCUGAAGGUUUUAAAUGCCACUGAGGAAUUACUUGGAGAGGCUGAAGUUCAUGACUCUUCUCCAGCUAGCACGCCACUGUCAUCCGGACCAGAAAACAGGAAGCUGGACCAGCACCUCACCAAGAUGGAGGAAAAUGUGUAUUUAGCUGCUGGUGCUGUGUACAGCCUUGAGGGGGCACUGAGUGACUUAGAAGAAUGUGCUCGCAGCAUCAGCAGCUCCACCACAGAAACUGAACUGGCCUUCUUGGAAGACCAGGUGGCCACUGCUGCUGCUCAGGUGCAGCAGUCUGAGCUCCAGAUCUCAGAUAUUGAGGCAAGAAUAUCAGCUCUCAAGUCAGCUGGUCUGAAUGUAUCUACAUGCACACGGUUUUCCAAAUGCAAGUCUAAAUCUAUGCCCCAGACGCUGGACUCUUCACGCCAUCAGAGGAGAAAGUUACCUGCUCCUCCUCUCAGAAGUCUAUCAUCAGAAAAGGAAGUCAAACCCGAGCCACAGGUGAGAUCUAUGAAGCCAUUACAACCGGAAAUGUGACCCCCCCCCAAUGUUUCUCAAAUAUGGCUCCGUAUCACUUCAGUAUUUGACUGCUAGGACCAUCAGGCUGUUCCACACUAGUGCCUUGAUCCAACUUCUGGUCCUCCAAUGUGAUAAGCAUUAACUCUACUUGUCAACCCCAAGCCUGAUCACAACCCAUGUAGGUUUGGCCUCAUAUCUGACCCUUUGAACUCUAUCAAAACCAGGAGCUCUACACCUCUGUGCUCCAGAAACUGGGGGACUUCCCUCUCUGCCUUAAUGGAGACCACACUCCUCAUGAACCACCACAGAGGGUUGUAAUUAUAGUGUUAUACACAUGUAAUUACUGUAUGUAUAACAGAGAUGGACAAUGGUAAAUGUUAACAAGCUGGGACUUCACCUCUUAAUCUUUUUCUAACUGUUUGCUGAGUGUUGUACAUGUUUGAAUUCUGUAUGUUGGCAAUGUGACUGGAAAAAAAAACAUAUAGGAUGACUAUGUGACCUGCAAAAGCGGCUGGAUCACAUUUGGUAAAUGUUUAAAAUGUCUAUGUGAAAGUAAACAAAAUACCUGCAGGACCUGUUUGAUGUAAAUUCGUCAGUUUUGUCUCAUAUCUGGUGCAAAUAACUCCAAAUAACUCCGAUUAAUUGGCAGGAAAAAAAAUUUUUUUUCCGAUCAUAAUUUUUUUAUUUGUUCCUUAAAGGCACUGUUGUCGAUGAAACUAUUCAAAACAACAGUGAAAAUUAAUUAUUGUAAAAUAAUUUUUGGAGGAAAAAGUGUCUACUACUAUUUAUUACUACUUGACCAUCUUGCCAUAUAAUGAGUAUAAUGUGUACACACAUAAGUGUGUGCACACAUGUAAACAUGUGUGCUGAAUAAUAAACCCUCUCUGUAGUCACAUUUGUGUACAAAUCAACCCAGGCUAGCCGGUGACCUCUUGAGUAUGAAUAUCAAAUCAAUUCCAACUCAAUAAGAAGCACUUUUGUAAUUUCUCCUAAAGCGUUGUGGACUUUGUCGACUCCUGAUAUUCUUUUUUUAAUCUGAAAUGCCCAGAAGUUACAUGGUGUUCUCAGAGUUUUGCAUUUCUGUUCAAAUUCAGCUAUAAACAAAGAUAUGCAUACAUUUUAGGACAAGCCAAAAUAGUAAUAUUUCAGCAGUGCUAAUUGCUCUGCAACUGAUACAAAUCUAUAGGAAUAGUAACGAUAACCAUUAGCAAAAUACUAAAAUAGCAUGUGUUACACUUUUUCCCAUUUGAGGAAAAAUAAACCUGAUAUUAUACCUCAGUGUGCUGAAAUUGUAAAGCUAAAGUAAGUCAUAUUGUCUUACAAAGUGACUAAGAUGACUCUAGGCUACUUGUAUAUCCAAGCACAUUAUGCAGACUAUAAGGCCUUCUAGAUAACGGAAAUCACAAAAAGAAAGAUUGAUUGAAAGUUGAUUUUCUGUUGUUAUUUGAUCUUCAGAUUGUAAUCUAAAUACAAGUAUUGUGUUCCGUAACAGAGCAAGAGUUACCUUAUUGAGGUUUCCACAGAAGCAUUUACUUUUUUCCCAUUGGAAACCCCUUGUUUGUUUUGUGUUGUUGAGGCAAUUGAGAAUAACCAUAAUAAUCAUAUUUAAAAUAAUAUUUGCACCAUCCUCCUACUUUGCCUUCACCAUUCGACUCCCCACAGAGGAGCUGUUAUUUCCUCUGUGUCUCAAACGGAUCCUGUUCCUUGUUGUUGUCUAUGCCAAUGUUGGUGUAUAAUAGCAUGUAUCGCAUUUAUAAUAGAUGUAAAAAGUCCCAUGAAAAGCACAGUCAAGAAAUUGAAUAUGUCCUACAGUGUCAUGUAUUUUUCUAUUUUAAAAUGUAUGAAAUUAAAAUACAAAAAGAGAAGAGGCGGUUAUGAAAUAUCGUAGGCUCUAUUGUGUUUUGGGUUUGUUUGUUUAUUGACUGCAAGGACAUGAGUCUUGUGGAUUUUAACUAUAAAGUGUUAACUGGAUGAAAAAGAAACUAUACUGAUAUGAAAAGAAAAAGCCACUGAAUUCUCAUGUGCCAAAAUUGUUCUUUCAGAAACAGUGUUCAACUAUACAUGAAUAAAUCUGCAUU